UGUGUGUGUGUGUGUGUGUGUGUCCGUCCUAACAAAGGCUCCAUCCAGCCAUACUGCAGAGGGCUGCUUGUUCCCAGAGACCCUCAGAGCUCCAGGACGCCCAGUCUCUCUGCUGCCGGCAGUCCAGACACAGCAGCCCCGACGCGGACCCUCACCCUGCUGGCCCCCCUCCUCCUGGAGCUCCAGCACACCUGUUUGGAUUAUACUAAUGGAUGGGAAAAACAAAGAGUUUUAAAUUGGGAAAGUUUUGAUGGCUCAGAGUUUGAAGAGAGAAGUCUGAGAAGAAAAGAGAAGACCUUCAUAUUGUCUGGACUACAAAUUCAUAAAAACUCUAGUAAAAAAUCUGCCACUUUGAGGUAAAUCUACCAAAAUUGUCCAGGAAUUGUUGACUUUAAUGAACAAAUUAUCGCCUGCAUUUUCCAGGAUUUUGGAACAAGAUCGGACACUUUGCUGAUCUCAAACUGAUCAUUUUGUUCCUGAAUAUUUGGGACUUUUUGGAAACAUUGCCGGAAUUGUACUGGAGCAUUGCACCGAGUGCUGUUGUCACAUCUUUUAAAGCACGGAAACAACCAAUAGUGAACGUAUCUGGUUUGAAUUUAAGAGGAAUCUUUCACAUUUAGAAUCUGCGUCAUGGCUCUGUCUAUCAGUCUGUGGCUGUGUCUGUACCUGCCACUGCUCUUCACGGAUGCAAAGAGUGUUGGGCAACAUGACAGUCAGCACGAUACUGUUGAUAAACCUCAUGUCAAAUUGGAAACCCUUUGGACCACCAAGCAGCUCAAAGCUCGGGAAGACACCUACACCCAAAGCCUCCCCCUCCCGGAGAUGUUGGAUCUAGACGUAGAACAGCACCGCCGCCUGGCCCGUGGUGCUGAUGAGGAGGAGCAGCAGUCCACCUUCAGCCAGUCCUUCGAGAACGACUCAGUGACGCCACCGCAGGUCACUGAAUUCCACAAUGUGACAAGAGUGCCAACAGAGGGCGGCGGUAAUGAUGAUAACGAUGAUGAUGAUGUAAAUCUCCAUGGAAACACCUCCAGUCCAAACCACGAGACACCAGGACUCUUCAACCCGUUCUACCCGCUGGUGGAGAGCUCGUACGCGGCCUAUGCUGUCCUGUUCCUGGCUGGCCUGGUGCUGGCGGUGGGUGUGGUGGGAAACAUGGCGGUGAUGUGCAUUGUCUGGAACAACUACUACAUGAGGUCCGCCUGGAACUACCUGCUAGCCAGCAUGGCAUUCUGGGACUUCUUGGUCCUGGUACUCUGCCUCCCUGUGGUGGUCCUAAAUCAGCUCUCCCAUAGGCGGAUUCUGGGUGACAUCACCUGCCGUAUGGUGCCUUAUAUGGAGAUAGUGUCUCUGGGCAUCACCUCCUUCACCCUGUGCGCUCUGGGUAUCGAUCGUUUCCACGCCGCCACCUCCUCAUCCCAGCCGAAGGCCCGGCGGGUGGAGCGCUGCCGCUCGGUGCUGCUGAAGCUGCUGCUGGUGUGGCUCGCCGCUCUGCUGCUGUCCAGCCCCGAGAUCUUCCUGUGGCAGCUCAGCCAGGCUGUGUCCCCCUCCACCGGCCGGCUGGUGGACUCCUGCACCAUCACCCCCUCCUCUCCCCUGUCCCUCUACCUACCUGACUCCCUCCACUCCCUGCUGCUCAGGUAUCACCAGGGGCGUAUGUGGUGGUGUUUCGGCUGCUACUUCUGCCUCCCUGUCCUCUUCACCAUCCUCUGCCAGCUCGCCACCCGCAACGUCAACAGUGAUUACAGCUCCGCCCAAAAGCAGCGUAACCAGGACGACCGCUCCUCCAAUCAGAAGCGUCAGCAGCACCAGGCGGUGGAGCGACAGCUAAACUGCACGCUGUUAGCAUUAGCUGUGGUCUAUGGCAUAUGCGCACUGCCUGAACAUGUCUGCAACAUCACGCUGGCCUACACACACAUUACCGUCUCAGAAGACACAGCCGCCAUGCUGGCUCUGCUACAUCACUUCCUGUUGUUCUUCAAGUCAUCUGUGACACCGGUGCUGCUGCUCUGCCUCUGUAAGGCUCUCGGUCAGGCCUUCAUGGACUGCUGCUGCUGCUGCUGUCAGGAGUGUCAGCCAAACACGACUCAAGGCUCGCCAGGCUCCGCCCAGGUCAAACUGAAGGCAGCCAAUGAGACAUCCAUCUUGUUCGACAAGGCUAAAGACACGUCGGCUAUCUUGUCCAUCUCCAGCUAGAGCCAUGGGUCCCUCUUUAACUAUCAAUUCAUCAUUUUCUCCUCCAUAAAUCCUGUCCAUUCAUUUCUUCUUUUUUUACUUCCUUCAUUUUUUCUUAAGUGGUCAGUUUCCCUUCUCCUCCUUCUACAUAUUCUUUCCAUCCAUACUUUUCUCUCUUUUCCAGAACACUCAAUCAUUAUCUCUCUCUCUGUCCUUUCCUCCUCCUCCAGAGUUCUGUUUGUAUGAUAUUCCUCUAUGGACACUGUUACCCCUCCAGUUUCCUUUGUGCAGGAAAUGAGGUUUAAUCUGUAGUGAGAUUAGAAAAGUUGCUGUACUUGCACAACCGGCUGUUGUAAAAGCAGGAGCCUGUUUCAGGGCACUCCCAGCGGACUCUUCCCUACAGCUUCCUGCCGUAACGUUCGUCAAGUAUGAUGGAAAAAUCACAGGUUCAGAAUAGACAGAAGACUCUGGAUGUCCUGUUUUGGUUUCACUUAAGACGGAUGUGAAGCUGAAGUUUAAAUGUGUUUUAUGGAAAAGCAGCAGCCUAUACUAUAUACAAGGUUAGCUUGUUGCUGUGAUCUGAUGCUGCUUGAGCCAGGAGUGGACUUGAUGUAGGGUUGGGUGUUAGUUUGAAUCAAAUCAAUCAAUCAAAUCAAAUAAUCAAACUGAUGUUAAAAGUAUUGAACCGAGUUCCACUGGAAUUUAUUACAUCACGAAAAUAUUUUCAAACGUGUAAAACAAAGAUGUUCAGCUCAUUGUUCAGUUUUUAUUACAAUUUGUUGGAAGUUAUUAAAUUGGAUAAUAUUUUUUAAAAUGUUGACACAAUAUGUUCACAGCAACAGCUUUGGCAUGAAUGUUAAAGUUACACUGUUGCCAAAGCUAUAUUACAUAUAAUCUGCUGACUUUCAGCAGAAUUGUACCAACAAAAAUAUUGCAUUAAUGCCCAGCCCUAAACGAACAUUUCUUGGAGAUUAAGUUGCUGAUGAGGCAGAAAGAAAUCCAUCGGCUGAGUUAAACCUCAGUGGGAUUAUUAAACUCAAGAGGCUUAAAAGACUGUGCAGUUGUUGCGUACUUGUGGCUUUGACUUGUUUUAGACUCACUAUUGUUGGGGUCAAAGGACAUGAUGUCGGUCUUGUCCGUGUUAGUAAGAUUUCCAUGAACUUCAUGGUCCCCUGAGGAUGAUUCAUCAUUUUUUGGUGACCCCCUGACCUGUAAUCUCACAGCCACUCCAAGGUCUGGUGAAAGAUCAAUGAAAUUUAAAACUGAUAUUUUUCCAUUUUGGUUAUGAACUUUUUGUUACUUCACGUGCAGGUGGAGUCAGACUGGAUUUCAUCAUCCCUGGCUAGUGAGCUACAAACAGCAGAGACAGUUUGUCUAGUGCCAUCCUCAGGACAAACAUUUCUAGAUCCUCCACUGGUGACACUAAGAUUAUAGAAAUCAUCAGUAUGUUGUUUGUUGUGUUGAACACUUUAAUAUUGUGGCUGUUAUGAACCAUGCAGCCUCUAGGGGACAAGUGGAACUUUAGAUUGAAGGUGGAAGAUUGGUAAGACCUUGUAAGGCUAAGUUGAAUUAUGUGCUAAUGAGUCGACUCCAUCUUUUCUGCCUCCAAAGCAGCUUCGGCUUCAAGAAAUUUUCCCACGUGGAAGAAUUUGAUCACACUGUGAUCCCAGAAAUGAAUGUAAGUACCUGUAUGAAGAUAAAUCAAGGCAUUUUUGAAAGGUUUGAAGUAAUUGUUAUGAGUUCUCUUUCUGUUAAGGAUAUGGUGCUUAAUUAAGCUACUAAUCCAGUCAGGAUGUUUCUAAAGAUGAAGAAAGUGAAGUAAACAGGGCAGGGAGGAGAUGUAGAGUAUUUGAACAAGACUCGAACCCUCUCAGUAUUGAGGUGGCCUCUUUGUACAGGAAAUUAAACUGUGUAGGAAGUUGUUAAUUAAUGUCUUUAGCACAGUGCUUUCACUGUCCAACUCAAACAACUAGAACAAAUGAAGAAACAGUUGAUAUGAAUGUAGCUCAUUUUAAUGCUAGAUGUUUGACUAAUUACAUCUUUGUAUGAAGGGAAGUGAGAUAGUCAUUCUUUUAUGUCACGAGAACAUCUAUGCCUUUAUAAUAUUCAGUUUCACAGUGUUAAAGUCAUGGUAUUAUAAUGUGUGUCAGAGCCGACUGUGCCUUAGCAUCAUCUCAGCCCUCAGCCCCAGACGGUCAGUCUUGAACACAGAAGACUGAACACCAGCCAGUAGCAACUAGUCAGACUAACUUUACUUUCACACUAUGAGCAGAUCCUUCAGACUGCUGCUGUAAGAGAGAAAACUGCUUGUACAGUAUGUCAGGAUCUGUAGCUACACAUUUUCAACAAAACUCAGAGGUGUUAAUUACAUGGAUGAACGUAUCUUUAAUACCGAAUUGUCAAGCUGAACCGACAGAGCGUCACUGUUCAAAAUCAAACUAUAUAUAUAUAUCUGAUCUGUUCCUAUUUAAAAUUCAGCCUUCUGCAUCCCUGCAAGUUUUCUUUGCUAACAGAGAAAAAAAAGUGGAAAAUCACAGCACUAAACCAUCACAUUUUGGAUUCGACACCGUACAGGGGUAAGACUGUUUACUUACUUUAUAAUAGUAACCGUAAAUUCUACAUUGAGUGGAGAAUUAUGCUGCGUGAGUUAACCAUGUUCAAAUUAAUUCAACCAAAUUACGCUGGUUUUAAUUUGUCAAACUUGAUUUUUUGAAAACGCAACAGUGAACCAGGUGGAGCUGGAAGGUAGAGUUUGGAAAUCUAACCAACACUACACAAAAAUUAGCAAAAGAAAAAUGACAGGGGAAUGUUGUGUAUUUCUUAUUAAAGUCACAUAUCAGUAAAAAUAAACAAACUUUUUAUUAUUCCCCUUUUGGCUUCUUUUCAUUACCCAUAUUAUAGUUAAUCCUAAUGAAAAAUGGAAAUAAGAUAAAGUUAUCUUCUAUAUUUGGUUCUGUUGAGAAAACUGAAGUUUGCUGUCUCCCAAUUCAAGGGCCACAUCCUUUGGGAGACACGGCCUACACAGACGUGGCCCUUCGUGACCGUCGUAGACCACUGAGACUGAACUGAAAUGAGAUGGUUUUACCUACAGAGGAUUUUCGCUUUACAUCCCCAGCUGCGUUUGCCCUUACCAUUGCGUCGCAAAGAGUGGCUCCUGUUGCCUAGCAACCUUGACAACACGCACCUUUUUCUUUUUUACUUGGUUUUAACAGUUGUACCGUUUUUGCUGUUGAGCUGAAGAGCUGAAACCCGAUACUUACAUUUAAAAUUGUAAUCCUCAGGCUCUCUGUGUUUUUGUUGUUGUGCUGGCAUAUUAUUUUCAUCACCAGUGCGCAAUAAAUCUUAGGAUAGGUUGGGCCACAAAGGAUCAACACUUUUGAGCCUUCGAUGCCCAGGAAAAGAUGAUGCAUUUCUCAGCUGCUUUUAAAAGAGCCUUUGAAAUGGGACAGCCUAAUCAUCAGCUGUGACGUAAUUGGUUUUCAAAUGCAGCCUCUGAAGGAUGUGGCCCCUGAACUGGGACACAGCUGUUGUUCAUAAAGUGAGACAAGUCAGUGACAGUAGAUUUUACCAAACCUCAUAUAAUAAUGCACAUGUGGACCGUACAGACUGUUCAUUCAACUGGUUUACAUUGAUAGGGCAAUGCUGCUGUGAGACUGAUCAUGUUUUCAUACAGAUAGUGAAUAUGUUUGUGUCCCGUUUUGCAGCCGAACCUUCACAUGCACUUUGGUCUUUUGAUUCUUUACUUUGUCGUAUCAAUAAUUGGACAAAAGAAAUAAGUCAUACUAACAGCUCAGGCCUCACUGGUGUUGUGUUGGAGUUUACUGUAAAUGUGAACAAAGUUGACACAAACAGCCGCUACUCUCAUAACGUUUUAAUAAAGGGACAGUCCACACAAAACAAACUGAUGAAGUCUGUUGAGUGUUGUGUCUCUCCAGGUUAUUUUUAUUUUGUGAGCAAGGCAUGUAUCAACCAAUCGGAUGUAGUUGGUAAUUUAUAAAUAAAUGUGUCAUUCAAAAUACA